UGUUCUUGCGCUGCACUCGUCGGUCGGUCGGUCGCGUAUGUUAUUUGUGUUCUGAACGAGUGUGUGCGUUUGUAUUCUAUAAAUACGGCAAUUGUUAACCGUUACGCAAUUUUGCAUAUUAAGCACACAUAUAUUUUACUUCGAGAAGUUUUCCAAAUCACCCCCUCCCCUACGCACCACAACGAAAAUGCAAAAAAUUCGGAAAUUUUACGAUAUUUGAAAUUGAUCCACUACUUACCACAACAACAGCAGCAGCAACAACAACAACAAUAAUAACAGUAAAGGCAGCGCCACUUGCAAAAAGCACAACAACAUAAAACACUGAAAGAGAGAUAGAGACAGUGGGACAUAGAGGGAGAUAGACAAAGACAAAGACAGGCAGACAGACAGAUAGGCAGGCAGCGAGCGCUGCUGCCUAGUGAAUCCCGCUCUCGUCAUGGCCGCUGCUCACAGUCACCACAAUGCCAAUUUGCUCAGCUCGGACAUAUCCCGGCGCAAUCCGCAGGACGAGUACGAUCUCAUACAGAAAAUUGGCUCUGGCACCUAUGGCGAUGUUUAUAAGGCGAAACGCAUACAGAGCAAUGAGCUGGCCGCCAUCAAAGUCAUUAAGCUGGAGCCCUCCGACGACAUACAGAUCAUCCAGCAGGAGAUCUUCAUGAUGCGCGACUGCCGGCACCCGAACAUCAUUGCCUACUACGGCUCCUAUCUGCGGCGCGACAAAUUGUGGAUUUGCAUGGAGUACUGCGGCGGUGGCAGCCUGCAGGAUAUCUAUCAGGUGACCGGGCCGCUGACAGAGCUGCAAAUUGCGUACAUGUGCCGCGAGACGCUGAAGGGCCUGGAGUAUCUGCAUCAGAAGGGCAAAAUGCAUCGUGACAUCAAAGGCGCCAACAUUUUGCUAACCGAGAAUGGCGACGUGAAGCUAGCCGACUUUGGUGUCUCCGCGCAGAUAACAGCCACAAUUAACAAGCGAAAGAGUUUCAUAGGCACGCCCUACUGGAUGGCGCCCGAGGUGGCCGCCGUGGAGCGAAAGGGCGGCUACAAUCAACUCUGUGAUAUUUGGGCCUGCGGCAUUACGGCAAUUGAACUGGCUGAACUGCAGCCGCCGAUGUUCGACUUGCAUCCGAUGCGCGCCCUGUUCUUGAUGUCGAAGAGCGGCUUUAAGCCGCCGUCAUUGAGCAACAAAGAGAAGUGGAGCCCAACGUUUCACAGCUUCAUCAAGACCGCACUGACAAAGAAUCCAAAGAAGCGACCAACCGCCGAGCGGCUGCUCCAGCAUCCCUUUGUACAGAGCGAGAUGUCGCUGCGAGUGCCCAAGGAGCUGCUCCAAAAAUACCAGAGUCCCAAUACGCCAUACUACUAUCUCGACGGCGACGAGGAGACGGUGGCCGGCGUACCGCAGCGGAUUCCCAGCAAAAUGACGUCGCGUGCCAAUGGGGUUCCGGCACAGAACCACACGCUCAAAACAGGCAUGACGACAAACUCGACGUGGUAUGAGCGUUCUUCUAGUCCCGAAACGUUGCCCAGCGACAUUCAAAACGGCGAGCGACCAAGAUGCAGCGGCACUUUUAUCAUGAACAUGUCCUUAAGGAGCCUCUUACAAUAUAUUGAUGAGGAACUAAAGUUAAGAGCAACUUUGCCAUUGAACGACACCAAAGAUUCGGCACUCAGUGCCGAGUAUAACUGCAGCGCUGGAGGCGGCGGCGGCGGCGUAAGCGGAGGCGGCGGGGGCAUUGCAUCAACAAAUGGGGGCUGCUGCGUUGCAGGCGGAGGCGGACUCGGUGGCAGCGGCGGCAGCGGCGGCGGCGGCGGUGGCAGCGGCAGCAUCAUCAGCAGCAGCGUUGGUGGUGGCCUCAGCGGUGUCGGCGGCGGCGGCGGCGUCAGCAACAACUGUGGAGUGCAUCAUUACCACCACCAUCAUCAUCAUCAGCAUCAUCAUCAUCAGACCAGUGCAACUGGCAACGGCACCACCACCACCACUCAGCACAACCACCACAACCACAUCCAGAACCAGAACCACAACCACAACCACCAUCAGCACCUAAACCAGCUAUCAAACAACGCACUGACCACCACGUCCAACAGCACCAGCAGCGUCAACUGCAACGCCAAUCAGAAUCUGAAUCCGAAUCCCAAUCAGAAUUCAAAGUUCAAUUCAAAUUUGAAUGCCUUGAGCAUGUCCGCCUCGCUGGCCUCCAUGCCAGGACUGAGCGCCUAUCUGGGCAUGUCCAACUUGCGCACCACCAGCAUUGGCGACGACGACGAUGGCGACAUCAAUCUGGACGUUGACAUUGCCAUGAAUAAUGCAUCGGCUACUUCUGCUGCUGCGGCUGCUGCUGCUGCUGCGGCUGCUGCUGGUGGCUAUGCCUCUGGUCCAGCAUCUGUGGCUGCAUCGUCAUCGACAUCAGCAACGGGCGCUGGUUGCUCCGCCUCCGCUGCGCACUAUUUGCGGCACAGCAGCAACUAUCGCUCGGCGGCGGCGGCAGUUUCAUCUGCCGCUCAGGCAUUGCAUGGCCUCGACCAUGGCUUGCUCUCAUCAUCAUCGCUCGCAAACAGCAGCACCACAACAGCAGCAACGUCAUCCGCAUCAUUUUAUAAUCGCUUCCUACUCCUCGAUAAUUCCAGCGGCGAUGCAGUCGGCGGUGGCAGCGGCGUCAGCGGCAGCGGCGGCGGCGGCGGCGGCAGCAGCGGCAAUGGCGGCAUCAUCAAAGGCAGCAACGGCCUGGAUAUGAGGCAUCAUGAGACAGCUGCCACGCCUCCGGCUAGCGCACACUCUGUCGGCGAUGGCUUCUCGCAUUCCAACAGCGCCUCGACCAGCUCAGCAGCGGCAGCAGCAGCAGCGGCGGCGGCGUCAGCAGCAGCAGCAGCAGCACAAGCUUCGACUGCAUCCACUGCUGCUGCUGCGGCUGCGCCUGGCCUCACAUCCGACAGGGUAGCGCAUCUCUAUGAGAAUCUUUUGCGCAGCAGCAGCUCGGACGUGCUAGAGCUUGCCCAAGCGGACGCGGCCAGCGGCGAGAACAGCAACAACUGUGAUUACCGAAGCGAGAGCAACCAGAAUGGCAUUGAGGAUUCACCAAGACGUCACAGCUCCAUGGAUCAGCUAAUCGGUCUGCUUAACGAUUUGGGCAAAACGUCGCGCACGCGCAGCCUCAGCGAUGGCGGCACCCAGGACGAUGAUGAAGUUGAAAAGGAAGCGCAACCGGAUCUGUUGAACAAUACGCCACCUGUGCCGCCCAAGCGCUCGCAUCGACGUCGCCACACGCCGCCGCGGCCCAUUUCGAACGGGCUGCCACCGACGCCCAAGGUGCACAUGGGCGCCUGCUUCUCCAAAAUCUUCAACGGUUGUCCGCUGCGCGUGCACUGCACCGCCUCGUGGAUACAUCCGGAGACACGGGAUCAGCAUCUGCUGAUUGGGGCCGAGGAGGGCAUCUAUAACCUCAAUAUGAACGAGCUGCACGAUGCGGCCAUCGAUCAGCUGUUUCCGCGUCGCACCACCUGGCUGUAUGUGAUCAAGGAUGUGCUGAUGAGCCUGUCCGGCAAAUCGUGCCAGCUCUACCGGCACGAUCUGGUCGCCCUGCACUCGAAGCAGACGGUGCGCUUCUCGCUGCACAUGAACAAGAUACCCGAGCGGCUGGUUCCACGUAAAUUUGCGCUAACCACCAAAGUGCCGGACACGAAGGGCUGCACCCAGUGCUGCGUCACACGCAAUCCCUACAACGGCUACAAGUAUCUGUGCGGCGCCACGCCGAGCGGCAUCUUCCUGAUGCAGUGGUACGAUCCGCUGAACAAAUUCAUGCUGCUCAAGCAGUGCGAGUGGCCGGCCACCAGCUUACUGGGCCAGGGCAGCGUCCAGAACGGGCAUACGCCCAUCUUCGAGAUGAUCAUCACGCCGGAACUGGAAUACCCCAUUGUGUGCACGGGCGUGCGCAAGGCGCUCAACGGCUGCCUCAAGCUGGAUCUGAUCAACAUGAACAGCGCCAGCUGGUUCCAUGCGGAGGACUUGGAGUAUGAUGCGAUGGCCACGAUGGUGCCACGCCGCGAUCUGCUGAAGGUGGUGCGCGUGCACCAAGUGGAGAAGGACGCCAUUCUCGUCUGCUAUGGCAAUGUGAUGCAGGUGGUCACGCUCCAGGGCAAUCCCAAGCAGCACAAGAAGAUGGUUGCUCAGCUCAACUUUGACUUUAACGUGGACAGUAUUGUUUGUCUACCGGACAGUGUAUUAGCAUUCCACAAGCACGGCAUGCAGGGCAAGUCUCUGCGCAACGGCGAGGUGACGCAGGAGAUUAAGGACAUGAGUCGCACCUAUCGGCUGCUGGGCAGCGAUAAGGUCGUCGCAUUGGAGAGUCAACUUGUGCGCACCGGGUCGCUGGGCAGCGAGGAGGGGCACGAUCUGUACAUCUUGGCCGGUCACGAGGCCAGUUACUAGGCGGGCGCUACUUGAUCUAGAUGUUAUAAAUAUAUAUGCAUAUACACAACUAUAUAUAAAUAUAUAUACAUAUAUAUACUAUCUAUAUAUAUGUACGUAUAUGUAUAUCCAGAUACACACACGCACUCAAUAAAUUUGAAAUUCAAGCGCGCAGCCGUCGUCACAGUCGGCGUCAACUACUAAAAGUAAUUGAAUUACUCGUAGGCCGUAAGCUACAUAUAAUUCGAUUCGAGCAUUACAUUAGAGAAUUACAAAAAAAAAAAAAAGAAGAACUUGAGAAGAAAAUUUAAAAACAAACAAACAUAGAGCGCAUUUGAUUCUAAAAUGAGAUUCGUAGUCUCCCCCUCCUUUUGCCCACACGAUUUUUCCAUUCUUUGCCAAAUCCACUUUAGCAAUGUAAUUAAAUGUAUUUAACAAGUUAAGCUGCACAGUCGUCUACCCGAUUCCGUUGUAAUUAUAUUUUUGUAAUACAUAUAGAAGAAGAAGAGACACACACAUACACAGAAAUGCUUUAAAUUAUAUGCCUAACGUUUUUUUAAUUAUGCAUAAAUAAUUAAAUAAUAAAUAAGACACAGAUUUAGAAGGAGAGAGAAGCAGUAAAUAAGGAAAGAGAACGAGAUUUGUGUAAGGCUCACAAAGCAAAUAAAUUAGUCCGAGAAAAAGAUUGAAAGUGGAGCUGAAGAGCGAAAGUCAAAGCAGAGGCGAAACGCAUAAAUUAUAUUCGUAAUUAAACAUUAUUAGUAACUAACAAUUGUAAAUCGCAAAUGUUUUUGUAGUUUGGUAACUGAUGAAUGGACAGGAACUGCAUUGAAACAAAAAAAUAACGUUGGAAACAAAAAACAACAAAAGAGUUCAAUAAUUUGUGAAAGUAUUGAUUGAAUGAGUGUGAGAGAGCGAAAAAUGGUUUGUUGGGAAACAAAGUAGAUUAAGCAUUUUCUAAAAAUAACAAAUAAUUCUAUUUAAAACACGAUUGCAUUGUAAAGACGUUCGGAAACUGAUUGUCAUAAUUACGAUUUUAGCCUAAGAGAACAAUUUUUCCCAGCAGCACAUUUGUCUUCAGUUGUAAAAAAAAUAUUAUAUAUAUGUCUUAAGUUAAUUAGUUGUACGUGAAUAGCGAGAAACCCAAAAUUAUAAAUUAAUACAAAAAACUUGUUGAACUUUAGUUUAGUGCAAAAAUAAAAGUAUUUAAAACAAGA